AUGGCUCCUCGUGGGGGUCGCGGGGCCUGGGACCAGCGCACGGGUGGGCGGCAGCGGGGCCCCGUGGGCAUCGCGCUGCUCCUGCCCGUGCUGGCGGCGGCGGCCGGGCUGAGCCUGCAGCCGGGCAGGACGCGGCACCCGGGCGUGUGCCCCAACCAGCUGAACCCCAACCUGUGGGUGGACGCGCAAAGCACCUGCGAGCGGGAGUGCCAGGCAGACCAGGACUGUGAAGACUUUGAGAAGUGCUGCACCAACGUGUGUGGGCUGCGGAGCUGCGUGGCCGCGCGCUUUGCUGACGGCAGCGCCCCGGCGCUGGCCCUGGCACCCGCCGCGUCCUGCGAGAGCUUUGUGUGCGCCCAGCAGGGCUCCGACUGCGACAUCUGGGACGGGCAGCCCGUCUGCAAGUGCAAGGACCGCUGCGAGAAGGAGCCCAACUUCACCUGCGCCUCCGACGGGCUCACCUACUACAAUAAGUGCUACAUGGACGCCGAGGCGUGUCUGCGCGGCACCCGCCUCACCACCGUGCCCUGCAAGCACAUCUUCACCUGGCCUGACACCAGCCCGGUGCCGCAGGAGACCACGGCGCGUCCCACGCCCGGUGCCGGCCCCGAGGUGCCGGUGCCCCCCGCCCUCUACACCAACCCCUUUCACCAGUCCGUGCGCGCCGGGGGCACCGUCAGCUUCCGCUGCGACGUCAGCGGGCGCCCGCGGCCGGACAUCACCUGGGAGAAGCAGAGCGAGCGCGAGGAGAACUUCAUCAUGCGGCCAGACCAGAUGUACGGCAACGUGGUGGUCACCAACAUCGGCCAGCUGGUCAUCUACAACGCCCGCCACGAGGACGCCGGCAUCUACACCUGCACAGCCCGCAACGCCGCCGGGCUGCUCCGCGCUGACUUCCCGCUGUCAGUGGUCAGGCGGGAGCCAGGGGCGACCCCGCGGGCCAGCAGCCCCCAGCCCUUCCCCAGCGCCGAGUGCCUGAAGGAGCCGGACCGGCGGCGCUGCGAGGCCAUGGAGGUGCGCUGGCACUUUGAUGCCAAGCAGGGCUCCUGCCUCACCUUCCGCUACGGCGGCUGCGGGGCCAACAGGAACCACUUUGAGACGUACGAGGAGUGCCGAGCCGCCUGCCUGGGCAGCGCCCGCCCCACCUGCCUGCUGCCCAUGGUGCAGGGGCCCUGCCAGAACUGGGAGCCGCGCUGGGCGUACAACCACCUGCUGAAGCAGUGCCACUCCUUUGUCUACGGCGGCUGCGAGGGCAACACCAACAACUUCGAGAGCAAGGAGACGUGUGAGGACGUGUGCCCCUUCCCCAAGAGCCUGCAGUGCAAGGCCUGCCGCCUCAAGAGCAAGAUGGUGCUGAGCCUCUGUCGCAGCGACUUCGCCAUCGUGGGCCGGCUGAUGGAGAUCGUGGAGGACCAGGACUCUGGCAUUGCCCGCUUCGCCCUCGAGGACGUCCUCAAGGACGAGAAGAUGGGCCUCAAGUUCUUCAACAUCAAGUACCUGGAGGUGACCUUGACCGACAUGGACUGGAGCUGCCCCUGCCCCAACAUGACGGCGGAGGACGGGCCACUGAUCAUCAUGGGUGAGGUGCACGACGGCAUGGCCACGCUGGACCCCAGCAGCUACGUCCGGGCAGCCAACGACAAGCGUGUGAAGAAGAUCUAUGAGCUGAUGGAGAAGAAAACCUGCGACCUCCUGAACCGCUUCCAGGACUAG